GCUCUUGGUUAGUAUUCUCUAUAUCUAUAUCUAUAUAUUUAUAUAUAUAUAUAUUAGGAUAGGUUUGAAGACCGUUAGGUAGCUUAGAAAGUUCUGGCAUCAUGAUGCGUAAAUCGUUAUCGUUGCUUUGGACUUAUUCUGAUAAUAGGGGCUAUUAUAGUCCUCCUGUUUAUAUGCCUUUGGAGUAUGCCAUGCGCGUCACGAAUCCAAAGCAGCUAAAGUUUACUCAUCCUAGGGACCCUAAGUUCACUUAUAAUACGCAUAUUGAUGAGCUUUCUUCACUUCAUCCUGGUUUGCUCGGCCCUGGUAGAAAAUCGCCCCAGGUAAAUUAUUCUAAUCGCGGUGGAAUUUUGUGCGAAAUCCCGCCUGUGCCGGUUUAUCGCGAGCACAUUUGGUGUAUGGGUCAUGCCCACUUCACUUUACAACAUCCGCGCAUUUUUAUUAAAUGCCUUAGAGGAAAGGUAACAACCUGCAAGUGGUGUCAUCUAAAGUUUAUUAACAUGUCCACUGAUGAUGAUAACGACGAGGAUUGGUAUGAGGAGGAACAAAGGAUUGCUACAAUGCCCGAACUAGAGAAAGACCUACGCCAACCAAUUAGGGAUCUUGGUGGGGUGUUGCGCCGGAAUCCUUUUCAAGACAAUAAAGAGCCGGAUCCUUAUGUAUAUCGUACAGUGUUCAAUCCAGAUCAAUACCGAUGGAAGCAAACUCAUAAUAGACAUUACGAAGUCCAUCCGGCCUAUGCUAAAAAGGGUGAAAGUAAUAAGACCCAUUAGUAUUAUCAGGGAUUCUGUAGACAUUUUUUUUCCGACAUAUAGCAUAUAGUUUAGCAUUUAGGAAGUACGGGUACACAGUGUAGUAGUGACAAAGAGUGGUGGCUCUUUUUUUCGUUGACUUUUCCUUUUAUUUGAGUUCCAUAUCUGUAUUUGCUUAUUUU